AUGUGUAAUGUAGAACAAAUAGCAGAUUGUGGUGACAUAUUAAGUGUGGGAAGAGCAUUGUUUAUUCCUGAAAAAGAAGAUUCAGCUUGGUUAUCACAGUGCAUAGUAUCCCUGUCUUCUUGUGGUAACUUUUUAGCUGUUGGAUAUAAAAAUCGUAUUUGUUUUUUAACUACACAAUGGAUAAGCUCUAUAGAGAGUAACAGUUACCUUAUAUCAUGGAGUGGUACCCUCUCAUCAGAAAUCACUUCAAUUUUAGCAGUGACUCUUUGUUCAACACAACAGUCCUCUCAGAAUGGUCCUGAUUGGUUCUGUGUUAUAAUUGGAUUUAAUAAUGGAAGUGUUGGAUUCUAUACAAAUACUGGCCAUCUCCUCUUACUGGAAAAGUUAGAUGAAAAAGCUGUGUUGAAACUUUCUUGUCAUACUGGUACCUAUGGUACUUUGCCAGAUGACAUUCAUGUUUUAUUUCAAAAUUGUGUUUAUGUUAUCACUGGUUCAAGUUUAUUUCCAACACUCAGAAGUGCAAAGGCUCAGCUGGCUAAAGUUCACGCAGGUAUCCAAGACAAUUACAUGGUAGACAGUAAAAAUAUAAAUGUAAGAAAAUUGAUGUUUUCUGAACAAGAAGUCAUUUCGGAUGCUGCAGUAGUGGGACUGGAGCUUAAAAAUACUUAUGACCAUUUAUUAGCUGCUUCAACAUAUGGAGGAUAUGAUAUUUGGUAUCGUUCUGUACCUCCUGUUAAUACUUUAGUUUCUGCUGCUGGGCAGAGCCCAUACCUAGGUUUUCAUUAUGCUAUUGAAGGAGGUAUCACACCACCCUUACAAGAUGUUGCCAGAGCUGUGGCUCAUAAAAUUAAAUCAGCACUUCCUGGUUGGCUUGGCGGUUCCACUGAAACUGCAGUUCCCAACAAUGAGCCUCUCAUCCGAGCUGAAUCACUGGCAAUGCGGAAUGGAUUAUAUGACCCUCAAAGAUAUGGCACCUCCAUAGUGGUGUCACCUGACAAAAGGCUAGCAGCAAUCACAGACAAUAUUGGAAGAGUUUCAAUACUAGAUAUUAAUAAGGGAUAUUUGAUAAGGUUAUUCAAAGGUUAUAGAGACGCGCAAUGCGCUUUUAUUCAGCUGUUUGAUUCAGACACUAAAAAGCCUCAACUCUCAAUGGUGAAGGAUAUAAAAAGAACAAUGUUUUUGAUAAUUUACAAUCCAAAAAAGGGUCUCAUAGACAUUAGAUUGAUGCAAAGAGGAAGCAGAGUAGCAGUAUUCACUGCAACCAAAAACGGAAAACUUUUGUACAAUACAUGCGGAUUGGUAGGAGCCGAUAAAACGUUUGCCCAUAAGAAGCUUAAUCUCCCCGAAUUUCAAUGUGUUCUAAUUGAUCCCGAUGGUAAGCUUAAGAAAUUUAACAUUCCAUUUUAUUAUUCUCUGGAAGGGGAACAUUUGGAAAGGUCCAAGGAUUUACACACCUUUCGUGCGCUACGAGAUGUGAUAAAGAAAGGUAAUAAUCUAGAUGAAGACACAAUAAAUGAAUUACUAAAAAAUGCAUCGAGCCUUAAGACGUUUGAAUGUAAAAAACUCUGGAUUGAUAUUUUAAUAAAAAAUUAUGAAACAUGUAAGGAGUUGUUGCCGCACUGUUUGAAUUUUUUUUGGGAUAGUUUUGGUGAUAAACAAAGUGCUAUAGACGAGAAAAUUAAUAAAUAUUUUAGUAACAUAAUACUAGUUACUUUAUUUUACAACCAUAUCCAUGACUAUAAUACUGAUGAUAUACAAAAUGUUGCGUUUAAAAUAUAUCAAUCAUGCAAUAUUGAUAUAACUAGUUAUAAUCAUGAAGCUGAUUUUUCCAUCAGAAAAGAAAUGCAAGGAUUUCAUCUUUUAGAAGACGACAAUUGUGUUCUAGAACGCUUGCUUAUUCUGGCACAGGAAAAAGAGUAUAAAGAUUAUCAACACGCUAAAGUUACUUUUGCUGAGACGCAAUUUAAUUAUUAUAAAGAAUUUAUUACAAACUUUUAUUUUGAUGAAAAAACUAACACUAUAUCUUUAAAGUACGAUAUAAGUGAGGAGAAACUUAGUCUUCUGGCGUCGAAUUUUACAAAAUCGAUAUUUAAACUGAAAAAUCUUGACAAUUUAACCAAAUUUAUCAAAUAUAGUGCUAUUGAUCCAAAGGAUGUUGUCAAACUUGUAAUAACACAUUUGAUGUAUAUGCCUUUGAAAGACUUUAAUAUAGAAUUAAUUGAGAAAUUAAUUCAAAUUAUAUGCUAUACCUGUUGUGCUUCCGAAGAGGCUACAAAUAUAGUUUACAAUGAGAUAUCGGAGUGGUGGGAAAGCAUUCGAACCAUGUUGAUAAAUAUGACGUGCCCUUUGCGCAGUAUGAUUAUAGCAAUGGCUUGUAAAGCGGUGGUCAAAAUAUUCGAAGCAGAGAAUGAUAAGGAUGAUGCCUGGGAGUCUGUCACUGCUGAAAACGCUAAGUGGGGUAUCCUCAUUGGUAAAUUAGAAGAUAUAUCUAUUCUUAGUAUUAUUUUAAUAUUUAAAGAUUCGUACAUAGGAAAUGCAAUGACGAAACUGCAGCUUGGUGAUAUCAAUGUCAACUUCAAAUAUAUCUAUACUCGAGGAAAGGGAUCAGUUACCGAACUCAUUGCAAAAUGGCUCUGUAGUAUGGGAGUACCGCCAGAGGCAGUAGUCGUUAAUGCAUUAAUGGAAACAUAUGGUGCUACAAGUUUCGAAGAUGUGGAUAAAGACCAAGCGUCUUACAUUUUUAUGGUAAAUAACAGACAGUGUGUAGAUGAUAAUCCUAAAAUAUUUAAAUGGCUUUCGCUUUUACGACGACAAUUUCCGUUAAGUACGAAGUCUGAUUAUAUUAUUGCAAACAUGUGUUGGGAAUAUGCUGUUGAGUGGCAAAAAGACAUGAAAAAAUACGAUGAAUUGGCCGCUGUAAUACAUUGUUUAAGUCACAUAACUAAUUCUCAUCUUCGUCUAGGCCUUUUCUCAAUCACAUGGUGCACCUACAUAAAACAAGUUUUCGACUUGAGUUGCCGUUUAGUGAACAAAGUGGGAAAGUUACCCAAGGACCAACUGUGUUUGCAGGACUUGAACUUCGACAGCGAAAGCUUAAAAAGAAUUUUGGAAAUUAUCACAAAAUUUUUGAACGACUUUUAUCAGUGUUCUGUAGCGUUACCCGAUCGCGAAAAGGAUACAAUUCAGUUUGAGAGAAUAUGGGAUGAGAGUCUGCCCUGUCUGGUUGAGGUGGCACAGGAUACAACGAACAUAAACUCUAAUAUAUUGGAAUUAAUUUAUCAGAUGUCUUGUACGAUUUACUAUCAGUGUUAUUUUAAUGUGAAAUUUUCAAAGCCUUUAGAUACCUUAUUUGAUAUCGAUUAUCAGAUUGUAGUCGAGGCUCUUGCUGGACAUACGCAAAGGGAAUUAAAUUUAAAACCAUCGGAGAAGUUGUUGAACCCAAGAAUGAAAUACUUGACAAAACUUAUUCGUGUAGCAAUUGAGACGAUUAGCUGCGUGGAUAAUAGCGAACAAAGCAAAGUUUAUAAUGAUGGUGAUUGUUUGAAGUGGAUAGAAAAUAUUACAAAUCUCGCCGAUUUAUGGGAUAUAAAUAGUGACUUUGUGCAGCGUCAAUACGUUAUUGGUUUGUACCAUAUGGGCUAUGAUAGCUUAGCUGAAAAUAUGCUAGUUUUACUCAAUGAACCGAGGUCGCUGUUACCUCCGCUUCUUGCUAUCACCAUACAAAGACUAAAAAAAAGCUUAGAGAAUUCGAAAAAUCAGCCAGAAUGGAUAGUCUCAAUUCCACCACAAGUUUAUAAAAGGAUUCAAAACACGCUACCCGAUUCUUCGAUUCCGCCGUGUCCAUCUUUGUCAUCAACUGUUUUGCUUCUUCAAAAGUUAUUGAUACAAAUUGAUAAAAAGGCUUCAGAAACACUUGAUCAGAGUGAUUUUAAAACGGCGAAGCUCUUAAUUGAAAGUUGUGAAGUAUUGUUACGAAGAAAUCUUUAA